UGCAAGCUAUUUGCUUUUUAGACAGAGAAACGAGAAGGGGAGGUAACUCGCUAAAACCUCACUCGAACUUUCGCUGCUCCGCCAACUUGGAUCUUCCACGUUCCUCAUUUUCAGGUUCACUUGAAAUUUAGCUAUGUCUAGCUCUGCGAUUGAUGUUCCUCCCAAGGGUGGGUUUAGUUUUGAUCUCUGCAGAAGAAAUGAUAUGCUUUCGAAGAAGGGUCUUAAAUCUCCGACUUACCUCAAGACUGGAACUACCAUUGUUGGUUUAAUAUUCAAGGAUGGUGUUGUUCUUGGAGCAGAUACACGAGCUACUGAAGGCCCUAUUGUUGCUGACAAAAACUGUGAGAAAAUUCAUUACAUGGCACCAAACAUAUAUUGUUGUGGUGCAGGAACUGCUGCUGACACUGAGGCAGUAACAGACAUGGUUAGCUCCCAAUUGCAGUUGCAUCGCUACCACACUGGUCGAGAAUCAAGGGUUAUUACUGCACUGACCCUUCUCAAGAAACACCUUUUUGGCUAUCGAGGUUACGUAUCAGCUGCUUUGGUACUCGGUGGAGUCGAUGUUACUGGACCUCAUCUACACACUAUAUAUCCUCAUGGAUCAACUGACACCUUGCCAUUUGCUACAAUGGGAUCAGGUUCUCUAGCUGCAAUGUCUGUAUUUGAAUCAAAGUACAAAGAAGGCAUGACUAGGGAAGAAGGGAUUCAACUUGUUACUGAGGCGAUAUGUUCUGGAAUAUUUAAUGAUCUGGGAAGUGGAAGUAACGUUGAUGUUUGUGUUAUCACCAAGGGCCAGAAGGAAUAUUUACGAAACCACCUCGCGCCAAAUCCCCGAACCUACGUCAGUUCGAAAGGCUAUUCCUUCUCCAAGAAAACGGAGGUUCUGCUGACAAAGAUUACGCCAUUGAAGGAAAAGGUUGAGAUAACUGAAGGAGGGGAUGCUAUGGAGGAGUGAGAGGAUUUCGGUUCUUGGGGAAUUUCAAAGUAUGGUUCUUUUUCCUUUUCUCAAGUGGACGUUACUGGAAAAUUUAGUUUGGCCUUGCGUUCAUGUUGUCAAUGACCUUAUUUAAACUCUUCAAUAUUUCCAACCUAAGAGGGCUGUUAGAUAGAGCCAGUUUGUUCAAAUCACUUGACUUCUUUAGAAUUCGAUAAACUUCGCGUUGUGUGAUCUUAUGCCAUCCUUUACAUUUAAACGUAUACAAGGAUCGAUCAUUGAUACCGGU